ACCCUUGCUUAUAAUUAUAUUAUACAUAUGAAUAUGAAGAGCUGAUGAACCGUGCCUAUAUUAAUUCUUUUAGCUUCAAACUUAAGAACAAAAAAAAAAAAAAAUUAAUAAUUGAUGCCUUGCAAAAAGUCUUUUAAUUUAAUACAUUAUUUUUUAUACAUAUGAAUAUGAAGAGCUGAUGAACAGUGCCUAUAUUAAUUCCUUUAGCUUCAAACUCAAGAACAAAAAAAAAUUAAUAAUUGAUGCCUUGCAAAAAGUCUUUUAAUUUAAUACAUUAUUUUCUUACAUUAUUAUAAUUAUAAUUAUUAUAAUAAUAAGCUAAGGUUUGCUAUUCAGAAAGGGGUAGCGGCGCAGCUUGUUGCUCGCCCUGCGAUAUUGAUGUAACUCGGCCAGUAUUUUAUAUAUAAAUUAACAAAGAAAUUCUAAUGAUAAAAAAAAAGAAAAAAAAUUAUUAUUUUUAUCCGAUAUCAUAUAAGUUUUGAAUCGUUUAACUCUUUUACUAAUUUAAUUCUUCUUUGAUAACUUGCGUUCGUUGGCUUAAAAAAAACUAAAUAUGUAGUUGUAUUUGAUUUAGUUUCUCGACGUUCGUAUACAAAUUUUAUUGAAAACAAAGUUGUAUUCGAAAUACAGGUAUUCUUUUGUGUAGUAGGCUAGAUCAAGUGCCGACGUCAUAUCGGUAACGUGACGAACAAAACGUAUACCCACCGAACAAGUCGAUACCGAUAUCGGUAUAUGCUUAAAAAUUUAUACACUUUUAACCCAUUUAGUUUGUAUUUAAUUUUGAUUUCUUUCAAUAAAUCACGUUCAUUAACUAUUUUAUAUAAAGUUGAAUACGCGACUUUAUUUCAUACCUUUUCUCAUCCUUCCUUUAUUAACUUUGUUGAAAAAGAAUUCUUUUUCUUAUUAGUACCGUGAGUUCGUGGCAGGUGACCCGAUGCCGAUAUCGGUACCGGUGGAGUUACUAUUGCUAUAAUGAAUCACACAUGAAGGAUGAUGAACGGGAUGCCAUUAGAGUUGAAGUUUUUUCCAGAGAACACAUAAAACCAUCAUCUCCAACACCUCAAAACCUUAGAUGUUACAAGCUGUCCAUCCUUGAUCAAGUCGAAGCCCCUAUAUACAAUCCCUUGAUGUUCUUCUAUAAAAAUCCUUCCAAUAACGAUAAUAAGAAUGUAGAGGAAGUCAUACGGGCUCGAUCAAAUCAUUUGAAGCGAUCGUUGUCAGAAACCUUAACCCGAAUUUACCCGUUUGCUGGAAAGGUAGCUAGUGAGCUUCAUGUCGACUGUAACGAUGAUGGCGUGUAUUACGUUGAAACAAGAGUUGAUGAUCGGCUCGAUAAUGUGCUUAAGAAACCGGAUAACAAAUUUUUGCAACAGUUGAUACCCAUUGUUAAUUCGAGUGAACAAGUUUUGGGAUACUAUGUUUCAAUGGUGCAAGUUAAUUACUUUAAAUGCGGUGGUGUUUCUAUUACCGUGCAACAUAAUCAUAGAUUUGCAGAUGGACGUAGCAGUAUGAUAUUCAUGAAUACUUGGGCUUCGAUUGCCCGACGAGAUCGUAAUCAGGUUUAUCCUAGCUUUGUGGGGUCUUUGACGUUCCCACAAAAUCCGCAGUUGCCAUAUUCACCAUACAUUCCGAUAUGGUAUUUGAAGACUUCCCCAGCUUUUUUAAAGCAUGGGAAAUCGGCAACUACAAGAUUUGUUUUUAAUGCUUUGGCCUUGCGGGAACUUAAGGCCAAAGCAUCUAAACAUCAGCCAGUCAGCCGAGUCUUGGCUGUACUUGCUAUGCUUUGGAAAUGUGUUACAGAUGUAACACAAUCCAAACCUUCUAUUCUACAUCUUCCUGUAAACAUUCGGUCAAAAUGUUCACCAAAGUUGUCUGAAAACUCAGUUGGAAAUGGUAUCAUGGGAGCAUACGCAAAGUUUGAUUCGGAUCGUAGUAACCCUGAAGUAGCGUCUAUGGCUAGUCAAUUGAAGAACGCGAUAGAGGCUGUUAACGCUGAAUCUGUUAAUAAACUGAGAAGCGAAAACGGAUAUGUUGGGUUCGUAGAAAGCUUGAGAAACUCCCAAGAGGCGUUUUCUGAUUACAAAACCGAGUAUUAUAUGACAUCGAGUAUGUGUAAUCUUGGAACUAAGGAAGCUGAUUUCGGAUGGGGAAAGCCGGUAUGGUCAUGUAUUGGUAGCCAGCUGAAUGAAGAUGUUCCCAUCUUUACAAACAGGAUCCUGUUGGUGGAUUCUUGUUGUGAUGAGGGAAUUGAAGCUUGGGUGACACUGGAAAAACAGGUGAUGGAUGAUAUUAAGUGUCAUCCUGAGCUUCUAUCAUUUGCUUCAAUGAAUCCAAGUCCUUUGUAGUUAAAUUUUUAUUCAUGUGUUUUCAUAUUUCUAAACUGUGUACAUGUGUUAAGUUUGAUUAUCAUCUUUUUAUAUACUCUUAAAGUUUGAAUAAACAGUGAGUUUUUGUUUUUCAA